AUGGCAUCCAUCUCAACUGUGAAUAUUUCGCCACUAUGCAUGUUUCAACCCGCAAGCCGCGUUCAAUCACCCAGUGCUACCGUAGUGAAGUGCCCUCCCUCGUUCGGGUCCACGAGAAGUGUCUCCAGUUCUUUUGGCUUGAAGUCAUCCUCCACUUAUAGAACAACUGCCAUGGCUGCUUACAAGAUUAAGCUAAUUGGACCAGAUGGAGAAGAGAACGAGUUUGAAGCCUCUGAUGAUGUCUACAUCUUAGAUGCGGCAGAGAAUGCCGGAGUUGAACUCCCUUACUCGUGCCGUGCUGGAGCGUGCUCUACUUGUGCAGGAAAGGUUGUUUCUGGAUCAGUGGAUCAAUCUGAUGGCUCAUUCUUGGAUGAUACUCAACUUAAGGAGGGCUUUGUGCUUACCUGUGUUUCCUAUCCCACAGCAGACUGUGUUAUCGAAACUCACAAGGAAGGUGAACUCUACUGA